AUGGCCGCGCAGAUUUUCAGAGCCUCCACCACCUGGGAAGUGCGAGAUGGGCGUUCAUGCAAGUUCUGGACAGACCCCUGGAUCGAGGGCAAGUCCAUCUCUGAGAUUGCGCCCCUGACCAGGACCCUCGCGGCCGGGCACGACGAGCUGCGCUGGAGGUGGACAGACUCCGGCGCCUACUCGGCCAAGACCUGCUACCGUGCGCUCUUCCACGGCUCUAUCUCGGAUGCAUCUUGGAAGCUUACCUGGAAGACAUGGGCCCCCCUCCGCAUCAAAGCCUUCAUCUGGCUGGCCCUACAGGAUCGGUGCUGGACGGCUGAUCGCCUCGCCCGCCGUGGGUUGCCUCAUAACGACCGGUGCGUGCUCUGCGACCAGGCCACAGAGGACAUGCACCAUCUAUUCGCUGCUUGUCCCUUCUCCCGCCAAAUUUGGCACGAGGUUCUAUCUUGGUGCAGAUCAACCGCUACGAUCCCGGACUCGGACACGCCCUUUGUGGAUUGGUGGAUCGACGCGUGCUCCACAUUGCCCGCUGCUCUACGCAAGGGACUAAACUCCAUCAUUGCCCUCACCGCCUGGGCUCUCUGGAAACACCAGAAUGGGUGUGUCUUCGAUCAGCUGCACCCCUCCAUCGCUAGCUUGCUUCGGUCUAUUCAGGAAGACGCUCGCCUAUGGGCUAGCGCCGGCGCCAACGGCUUGGCGACGAUGAUCUCUGAGAGAUAG